UCCUGGGCCAUUUUACCAAGAACUCUGUCUCCUUCCCCCUGGGCAGAUGCUGACCUUCAUCAUGCUCGCUCGAUUGGCUACCUUGUGUCCUGCGCCCGUCCUGCAGAGGGUGGACCGGCUCAUUGAGCCACUCAGGGCCACCUGCACCGCCAAGGUCAAAGCUGGUUCCGUGAAGCAGGAGUUUGAGAAGCAAGAUGAACUGAAGCGCUCUGCGAUGAGGGCAGUGGCCGCCCUGCUGACCAUCCCUGAAGUGGGGAAAAGCCCCAUCAUGGCCGACUUUUCUUCUCAAAUCCGAUCCGACCCUCAACUCGCAGGCCUCUUCGAAAGCAUCCAGGAUUCUGCUUCAGCCCCCAGCACAGACUCAAUGGAGCUCAGCUAGUCCUCCCCCAGUCCCCAGGUGGGCCCUUACUCAAGAGAAGGGGGCCUGUCCAAGUCUGAGGCCUCUACUUUUGCCCUUUCAUCUCACUGGGGGCACUCUUGCUCCUGGUCGGGGCUUACAGCGCCUUCUCCAGGGACCCCAACUCAGGCCCCCAGCUCCGGAGCUGCAAGGCUACCAGCAGUUGAGCCCUUUAAUUCAGGACAGUCAUUCAAACACAACACAGAGUUUCCAUGACUCCCUCGAAGAUGGAUGUGUCUUUACACUGCCCUGGUCCCUUCAAACUGGGGAGGGCCUGCCUCACAACGUCCUAGGUAGUAUUUAGAGAUACUCCCGCGCUCACAGCUGCAGAGGGCUGGGAGGCAGCGUGCUGGCCUUCCUUCCCACUAGUAUUCCAGAUUUACC